AUGACUCAGCAGGUCGGUGCCAGCAGCAGCCCGAGGCGUGGGAAGGAGGCGGCCAGCGCUGCCGGGCUGGGCGGGUCGGGGGCCCGGGAGGAGGACGCCCCCGCCUCGGCCCUCGCAGCCGGGCUUGACUCCCUCGCCUCCCAGCGCAAUGCGUAAAGGCGCAGGGGCGCGGCUGCAGGGCGCACCGUCCCCGACGAGAAGCCCCUGGUUUCCCCACCCCCGGGGGGCCCGAUCCCCCAGCCCCGACCCCCCCUCCCAGCCAUGACCCCUCUCCUGCCCCCUCUCCUGCGGGGCUGCCUCCCCUUGCUGAGCCCGGGCGCCGGCUGCCUGUCCACCCGCCCUCCCCGCGGGGGUCGCCUGCGGGUCCUGGUCGACCUGGACGGGGUGUUGGCCGACUUCGAGGGGGGCUUCCUGAAGGGGUUCCGGGCCGCCUACCCGGACAAGCCCUACAUCCCCCUGGAGGGUCGCCGGGGCUUCUGGGUCUCGGAGCAGUACGGGCAGCUGGAGCCCGACCUGAGCGAAAAAGCCAUCAGCAUUUGGGAGUCCAAGAACUUCUUCAUCGACCUCGAUCCUCUCCCAGGUGCCGUGGAAGCUGUGAAGCAGAUGGCAAAUUUAGAAAAGACUGACCUAUUCAUCUGCACGAGCCCUAUCAAGAAGUAUCGCUAUUGCCCUUAUGAGAAGUACGCCUGGGUGGAGAAGCAUUUGGGCCAAGAAUUCCUGGAGCAGAUCGUCCUCACCCGAGACAAAACGGUAGUCUCCGGCGACCUGCUGAUCGACGACAGGCCCGAUAUCGUAGGAGCUGAGAAGAGCCCCAGCUGGGAACACAUUCUCUUCACAGCCUGCCACAACAAGCAUCUGGAGCUCCCCCCUCCUCGUAGGCGGCUCCACUCAUGGACCGACAACUGGAAGGCUAUCUUGGACAGCAAGCGGACCUUGUAG